AAACUGUCUGUUGCGAGAGACGACGGCAGCGGUGGCGCGGCGGCGGAGUCGAAGCGAUGGAUGGCAUAGUGCUGGACGAUGAGAUCCUUCAAAAGAUCUAUGCAUGGAUAGACGAAGUGCCCCUCUCGCGUCCCAAGAAGAACAUGGGGCGAGACUUUAGCGACGGAAUCCUGGCAGCAGAAGUGGUGGCGUUCUACUUUCCAAAGCUUGUGCAGAUGCACAACUACAGCUCGGCGAAUUCCGUGACUCAAAAGCAGUACAAUUGGGGCACACUCAACAGAAAGGUUCUCAAGCGCUUGGGGUUUCAAUUAACAAAGAGGGACAUUGAUGACAUCGUUCAAUGCAAGCCCGGUGCCGUGGAGGAGUUUCUCAGCAAGUUGCAAGUCAAGAUUGCCAACUACCGCCUUCGGCGCACGAGCUCCACAGACGUUGGGAACGACAAUGCAACGUCACCCGUGCGAGACCUUUCUGGCCAUACGAAGCACGGCGGCGACCACAUCAACGACGAUGACACGCCCCAGAGUGACCACAGCUCGGAGUUUGCACCAAAACGAUCAGAAGUUCGAGACGCCAAAACAAAGGACGACCACUCAGAUGAUUACCCUGGCAGUGCUGCCAGCUUCACUUCCAAGACAUCACAUAAAUCCUCUGUCGACCACUCGGACGUGCAGCUCGAACUCCAAGAAAAGACGAGUAUCAUCGACGAGCAGCGCGAAACGAUCCAGAUCUUGGAGCAAAAAAUUCAAAAGCUAGAGCAGCUGGUGCGACUCAAGGACGGCAAAAUCCAAACCCUCGUGGCCAAGCUGCGUACCCAAAAGUAGUAGUCGCAACGUAUAUAUAUAUUAUAUAUUACACGAGGAUUAGAAGGGUCCUCCUGAACUACUUAGUAUGGCAUCAGUCGGUUCAACUCCACGAUUGUAUGGCUUGUUCCAACGUGUGCCCUGGCUUUAGCAGCACGACCUUGAACUCGUCGUCGUGCUUUCGAUACCCAUACACGGCACCAUUUCCAAUCACGUUGUUUCGGGCGCCAGUGUCGUGCAAGACGAGGAAGUCCCCCCGUUCGACUUGCGGCAUGCUCACUUGUCGAAAGCGCACCGAGUCACUGUCGUUGUUGCUUGCACAGAAGCAAACUACUUCUUGGGUCAUAAGCUUGGCCGUGGAUGUCAACCCGUCCGAUCUACACAAUCGUUCACGUCAGAAAGC